AUGAAUUUAACAAGUGAAAUAGAUUUAUUUAACCCUUUCUCAAAGGGUCGUUUUCAAUCAUGUAAAACAAGUAAUUGAGAUUUUUUUAAGUGGCAUCUAUAUGGCAUUACAGUGACAAUCUACAAAUAAAGCCAAUGGCCUUCUAGUUUUGCUGUGAAAUUAGCUGGGUGCUAGCAGUAUUUUGUAUUGUGUUAAACAAAUAUACUCUGUGAAAGAUAAAUAACGGAAAAUGAUUGCUUUGUACAAAUAGCUGGUGGAAGUACAUCUGUGGCCAACAAUAGAUAUUGUACAGACAUUUCCUGUGUGUAUAGCGAUUUAUGCAGCCAUGUAUACAACAAGCCAAGGUAACAGAAUGCAGAUAAUAGUAUCUAAAUUCAUUAGCCAAUAAGUGAAGAAUCACAUGGAAGAUGGGGAAGAGAUGAAAGUUUGGACCCUUUGCUCUCCUAUAUUUAAUAUUCCAAUAUUUUGGGUAUAUUAAAAAAUUUCAAAAGUCCCACUGAGCAGUGUCCUGAGCCUAUUCCUCCAGCUCGGUAGUAGAGGUCUGCUGCCUACCUUGGUGCAGGAGACAGCUGGAGUCGCUGGGGGAGCUCCGCGCCGCCGGACGCCUGUGACCAUGUGGAGGCUGCUGGCUCGCGCUAGUGCGCCGCUCCUGCGGGUGCCCUUGUCAGAUUCUUGGGCACCCCUCCCUGCCAGUGCUGGCCUAAAGACACUGCUCCCAGUACCAAGUUUUGAAGAUGUUUCCAUUCCUGAAAAACCCAAGCUUAGAUUUAUUGAAAGGGUACCACUUGUGCCAAAAGUAAGAAGAGAACCUAAAAAUUUAAGUGACAUACGGGGACCUUCCACUGAAGCUACGGAGUUUACAGAAGGCAAUUUUGCAAUCUUGGCAUUGGGUGGUGGCUACCUGCAUUGGGGCCACUUUGAAAUGAUGCGCCUGACAAUCAACCGCUCUAUGGACCCCAAGAACAUGUUUGCCAAAUGGCGAGUACCAGCCCCUUUCAAGCCCAUCACUCGCAAAAGUGUUGGGCAACGCAUGGGGGGAGGCAAAGGUGCCAUUGACCACUACGUGACACCUGUGAAGGCUGGCCGCCUUGUUGUAGAGAUGGGUGGGCGUUGUGAAUUCGAAGAAGUGCAAGGUUUCCUUGACCAGGUUGCCCACAAGUUGCCCUUCGCAGCAAAGGCUGUGAGCCGCGAGACUCUAGAGAAGAUGCGAAAAGAUCAAGAGGAAAGAGAACGUAACAACCAAAACCCCUGGACAUUUGAGCGAAUAGCCACUGCCAACAUGCUGGGCAUACGGAAAGUACUGAGCCCAUAUGACUUGACCCACAAGGGGAAAUACUGGGGCAAGUUCUACAUGCCCAAACGUGUGUAGUGAGUGUAGGAGAUAACCGUAUAUAGGCUAUUGAAAGGAGGAUUCUGCAUUUCUAUUCCCCUCUGCCUACCCACUAAAGUCUUUGGGUAGCUCUUAAGCCAUAACUAAGGAGCAGCAUAUGAGAAGAUGAUUUCUGAAAAACAAUGUUAUUUGUUGAUUUAAAAAGAAAACUGUAUUUUUAUUAAAUAAAAUUUAAACAUCAAAAAAAAAAAAUUUCGAAAGAA